AUGAGUAUUAGUUUACGCAAAGCUCAGUUUGCACUUUUAGCACCUAACAAGAACGGUCUCAUCACUUUGAAUAACAUCAGAUUGGCACUUGCUUCAAAUGCGACAGAGGCAAUGAAGGAGUCACGAAUACCAGCUUUCUUGCAUUGGUAUUUUCCUUUAAAUGGACUAGGAUACCAAGGGAUGGAUUAUGAAGAGUUUUGUGCAGCUUCCAUCAGUGUUCAUCAGCAUGAGUCACUUAAUUGUUGGGAGAAGAGUGUUCGCCAUGCUUAUGAGCUCUUUGAGAUGAAUAAAAACAGAGUUAUUGUCAUCAAAGAACUCGCUUCGGGGUCUCAAAGCUUACGCAUACUUUUGCAGAUGUUAAUGGAGGUAGAAAGCUGGAAAGAAGCUUUGGAUUACUGCAAACUUAUAGUCCUUGUUUACCAAAGUACAUCUACUGUUCUCCAGCGGGUGGAUGCAGUUGACCCAAAGAGUAGGCACAAGGGGAAGCUAGAGACAGAGAGAGCUUACUGCAAUCAAAAGGUGUAA